AUGGAGACAAAUGGAUCAAAUAGGACAUUGACUAAUGUCAAUAGGAUCAUAGAGACUGAAGAUGAUAUAAAUGAACGAGCUCUAUCGUUGUUGCAACGUAAUAGAGAGAGGAGGAGGUUGCUACAGAGACAGACUGAUCGGCAACAGUUUGAGAAAAUACUGUCGAGAAAAGAGAUACCCGUUGCCGGGGAUGUGGGUGAUGACUUGGAUUCAGAUAGAGAGUAUGCUGGAGAUGAUGGCAGUGCAAGUGACAGUGAGGUGGAGAGAGGUCUAAUUGAUGACAGUGCAAGUGACAGUGACAGCGACAGUGAUUACGAUACGCACAUGAGAAGAAAUGAGACGGUAGAGCGAGUCAAACAGGAGAUGUCAUCAAAGAAGAAAAGCAAGAAGCUACGAAAUAAGAAUGCUAAUCCUAAGAAGAAAUUCACGCCCAGUGAAUUAGCAAUGUAUGAAAUCAGGAAAUAUCAAAGGUCGACAGAUUUAUUAAUAUCGAAAAUUCCGUUUGCAAGAUUAGUCAAGGAAGUCACUGAACAAUUCACCACAGAAGAACAAAAUUUCAGAUGGCAAAGCAUGGCUAUCCUGGCGUUACAAGAAGCAAGUGAAGCGUACCUGGUAGGGCUACUAGAACACACAAACCUUCUAGCGUUGCAUGCAAGAAGAAUAACAGUAAUGAGAAAAGACAUGCAACUGGCAAGAAGAAUUAGAGGUCAAUUUAUAUAG